GAAUUGUGUCUCUCUUUAGUCUACGUGAAAUAGAAAAAGUUCUUUCUUGUGUGUAUUUACUGAGGGACUCUGAAGAGUGUAUGAUAUGUGACAAUGAUCCACCAGGUUUUGGAACAACAAAGUGACAAUAAUUCAGUGAACUGUUUGAGUGGAAAUCAACUUGAGGGCAGCGGGUUUGGUUUUUUUUUUUUUGGUUAUUAAGAAGAUGAGACGUAUGGGGCCCCUGUGCUGAAGGGAGAGCUGUGUAAACAGGACUUCAGGACAACUGGUUUCUCAUUUCAGUUCUACCAGUGACUGUCGUGGUAGCUUCCAGGAAUUUCUUCAUACAUCUAGUUUCCCUAGUUUUCCAGUUUCUCUGAUGCCCAGAGAGUUUAAGUGACUCUUCAGGGUUAUUCAGUGGGUUGGUAAAGGGGCAGGACUAGAACUUGAGCCUUUGUGGUUUAGUUAUACAGCCAGCUUCCGGGCCUAUUGAGGAGUGAGCACUCUGCUAGGUGUUGUGUUAAGGGAUUUACAUGGCAGUAUUUUUAUGUACUGCUCACAAUAGCCCCAUGAAGUAAAGAAAAAUAGAUGUAAAGGCUCGAAACGUGAAAAUGGAGGCAGGCCAUAGAAGGCUUUGGAUCUCAUACUACGUUUAUGGAGUACAUUCUGUAUGUGAAGCACUGUGCUAGCACCACAGAGUUCAAGGCAAAGUGUCUGACCUUGAGGAGCUUGUAACUAAACUCCAACGAGAUGUAGUCAAAUGGCCCAUGCCUGACGUUUGUCCCUCAGUUCCUUGCUACUCUAUCACAGAGAGGAAUCUGUUACAGGAAGAGACCAGAGUAACUAACGUAUCAACAUUGUUGCCUUUCAGUACACUCUUUCACUUUUUUCCACUUUAAUGUACACUUCCAUCAUUCUAUGAAAAUUUGUGUGUUCAGCUUUAUAAAUCAUACGAAGGCCUUACCUGAAUUCAUUCAUUUAUUUGUCAUUCAGCAGAUGUUUAUUGAGCUCCUGCAAGGCAUUUGGGUAUCAAGACCAAACUGAUUAUAUGUUGUUACAAUCGUGGUAUUAGUCAUGCUCUGUUUUUUAGCAAAGAAUUAUUUGUUUAACUGUUGAGAUUUUUUAUUGUUAAUGUGUUGGACUGUGAGUUCCCAGCAUGUGGAGAUUGACCCUUAAAUGGAACUCCAACUGAAUAUAUAGGAAAAUCUUUUUAAAAAUAUUAAAAGCUUUAGAAGGGGAUUUCACACUUCUUUUAAAUUUUGAUUUCAUCAUUACUGUCACCUGAUUAUAGAUUGAAGCCUUUUUAUUUGUACCCUUAACCCGUUGGCAGAGAAAAACAGUUUGGCAGGAAGGGUCCUUUAUCUCAAAUAUUCCCCUCUUUGAGCUUUGUAGGCCACACAAGACAUAGAGUUUUCAAAGUAAAGCAAUUUAAGAGACACUUUUGUUUAAUUUAUAAGAUGGAAGAAGAUAGCCCUGGUAGCUUUAAGCAACAGAAACUAGAAUGCAAGACUUGAAUGCUACUUGUAAUCAUUUAAGUCUCAAAUAAGACAAACGAGAUGUUGGAUGUGAAUGUAGUUUUUAAACUUUAAGGAGUUCUAUAAAUGUAGUAUCAAAAAAAAACCAAGACAAAACAGAAGCACAAACUCACUGCUGUAGAGUGGAUUCCGACCCCCUGUGUGCCAGAGUAGAGCUGCUCCAUAUGGUUUUCUUGGCCGUAAUCUUUAUGGAAGCACAUUGCCAGGCCUUUGUUCUGUGGGGCCGCUGGGUGGUUCCUACGGCGAACCUCACGUUAGUAGCUGAGCGCAAACCAUUUGUGUCACCCAGGGGCCUUAAACGUUAGAGACCAGGUAUUCACGGAGUACUUACUACGAGUAUGACGUUGUUCUAGAGAGAGCCGAGGAGUCAGCUGCAAAACAAUCCAUUCUUUUCCUCUCAAACCCUGUUAUGUAGUUGAGGAAAUAUAUAGAAAUAGCCAUGUGGUAAGUGCCAAAAAAAAAAAGCUAUUUUGGUAAUUUGGAAGAGGAAGAGGUCUCUUCUACCCCUAGAAGUCAGGAGACUUUUCGUGGAGAAAAAGCAGUUCAGUGACGAGCAAAAGGACAAAUACUGUAUGAUCUCACUAGUAGGAAAGAAGCAAAUAUAGAAACCAAAGAUGAUUAGUGGCUACCGAGGUGGGGAGGGAGGAAGAUCUUGCCUUGAGUUUAUGUUAAUACUGGUGGAAUGAUUUGGAAAAGGAUAGCUAAAUGGUUGCAAAACUUGGAAGGAUGUCAUCAUUGUUACUGAAUUAUACGUGUAGAAGUUAUGAGAUGGCAUAUGUUUUGUUCUGUAUAUUUUCACCCGAAUAAAAUUUUUAAAAGAAAAAGCAUUUAGGUAUGUUCUGAAGAGUGUGGAGUUUCAAUAAAAGAGUUGGGGAGGAGGCCUUUGAGAUAGGAGGAAUGGUGGAAGAGCGAGAAAGCAUGGAGCAUAUUCAGGCAAAGGUGGCAAGCCAAAUUGACCUAGAACUGGCCUAUACAGGCAUCAGAGUGGGAAGCAAAGCUGCAGCAGCAGGUCAGUGCUGACUGAUAACGGUAGGGAUGCCAAACAAGGAGAUUUGGAUGUAUUAACCAAUGGGAGUCACUGAAGAUAUUUGAACAGGGGAGUGAUCCAAAACCAAACCCACUGCCAUCGAGUUGGUUCCGAUUUAUAGCGACCCUAUAGGACAGAGGAGAACUGCCCCAUAAGGUUUCCAGGGAGCAGCCAGUGGAUUCGAACUGACCUUUUGGUUAGCAGCCAAGCUCUUAACCACCAGGGCUCCAGGGGAGUGAUAUGGCUGUGCUUGAGGAACAAGUGCCUGUGGGUAGCUCAGGUAGAUAGAGGGAGAAGCAGGGCAGAAACCAGAGGCAGGGAGGCCAGUCAGAAGGCUACUGCAGCCCACCAAGGAAAAGGCAAAAAGAUAAAAAGGCCUGGAGUGGGAGAUAACAGUGAAAUGGGAAAGGAGCAGAUGCAGGAUACGUUGUGAGGGAAGAAUUGACAGAACCUGAUGUCUUCGCUGGAGAGGGAGAGCUGACACUGAGAGUUCCGGAGCCAUAGUCCAUGUGGAGGAAACUUGGAAGGAGAUGAGGAGUUGCGAUUUAGAGGUGCUGACUUUGAAGUAUUCAAGGAUGAUGGUGCGUGGACAGAUGGGGGCUUCUCGCUUCAGAGGAAAGCCAGGGCUAGUUUGAGAACCAUUAAAAAAACCAAACCUGUUGCUCUCAAGUCAAUUCCGACUCAUAGCGACCCUAUAGGACAGAGUAGAACUGCCCCUUGGGGUUUCUAAGGAGCAGCUGGUGGAUUCGAACUGCUGACCUUUUGGUUAGCAGACAAGUUCUUAACCACUAUGCCAGCAGGGCUUCUGUGAUUCAUUAGCAUAUAAGAAAAGUUGGAGAGGUGGGAGAGAUUUGCCAGAGAGAAAAUAUAGGGAAAAAAAGGCCAAAGAGAGCCUUUUGAGAAAAGAAAGAAGAACCCAGGAAACCAGGGAGAAGUCUGGCAAGAGAGCAAGGAAGAACCACAGCAGAACGUAACUCCACAAGCCAGCGGAAGGGGGUUUUCCAAUGGAGAGAGCCUGGAGGGUCAGACCCUGCUGAGUGAGGCCAAGGAAGGCCGUUGGAUUGACAAGUGCUAGAUUACACAUUUGUUGGCUUUUUUUUUUUUUUAAGGAAAUAUGACUUGCAAAAUAAAUAUGAAGUGAUUUCAUUUGCAUACAUUUGUGACUUGCACAAAUCAGGAAUCACACUUAAUGUUGACCCUCGCAAGUCCCAAAACACACUUCUGAUUACUGCUGCUCAGUUUGUUAAAGGUGGUUGCAGUGGUAGUCAUAUACUUUAUCCCCUUGGCAGCAGGCAGACCAAAGACUGUCCCUUGAUAAAAUAAGUCCUUUAAAGACUACAUAUCGGUUGAUGCAGAAAGUUUCUAAAGGAUUCCGUUGUCUUUGACCGUAUGGCUGUUGUAUGAUCUGUGUGUGUGGUGUGUGUGUGUGUCUUCAUAUGCGUGAGUAUGAGCUUAGCACAAUGGAAUGAGAAAACUGGGGUCAGAUAAAUCCAGUUUCACAACCCAGCUGGCCCGUUUUCCAGGCUUGUGACUUUAGAAAAGUUAUUUUCCCUCUAAGCCUAAGUUUUCCCAUCCAUAACUCAUCUAGAAUUAUUUUGAAGACUGAGUAAUAUGUAAUUUGGUCAGGAUCUAUUCCAUGUUGUUGUCGUUAGUUGCCAUCGAGUCGAUUCUGACUCAUGGUGACCCCAUGUCUGCAGAGUAGAGCUGCUUCCUAGGAUUUUCAAAAGCAGAUCUCCAAGCCUUACUUGCUAGACUCCUCUGGGUAGGUUUGGACGCCAACAUUUUGGUUAAUAGUCCGGCACUUAACCAUUCGUGGGUUCUUUUCCCUCGCAACCUUUAUAUUCGUAUGUAAAUUUAUACAUACUGUACAUCUGCCAAAAAAAAAAACCCUUUGCAGUUGAGCUGAUUCCAACUCAUAGGGACCUUGUAGGACAGAGUAGAACUGCCCUGUACAGGUUUCCAAGUAGCGCCUGGUAGAUUUGAACCAUUGACCUUUUGGUUAGCAGCCUUACACAGAGCCUUAUCUUUAUGAAAAACUAUAUUGAGGCAUUUUAAUGUGUUAAUUUCAUUGAGGAAAGAGCAUACCUCCCACUGUAGCUAAUCUAUCCCGAGAUUGUUCAAGUGACCUACAAUUUAGUAUGGGUAAGAAUCCACCUGUGGAGCUUAUUAAAAUGUGGGUUGCUAGGCCCAGAGUGUCUGAUUCAGUAGUUUGGGGUAAGCCUGGAGAUCUGCGUUUUAAAUAAGCACAAAUGGGAGAGAUGAACAAAUGCUGGUUUCCGAGGUGCAGAGAGGGGGAUAGAUGCUGAUUUCACAUCCUGUUUCUAUUAGAGGCAUAUCUGUGUUCAAAAGUUUUAGACUUGUGUCAGUAAUAUUUGAAUCAGUGGAUUAUAUUCGAAUUCAGAUGAAAACCAGAUGGGGCCCAUGUAGUCAAAGAAUGGUGGCAAAGAUGGCCCACCAUGGCCGUCUGCUGGAUAGCCACCCAGCACUGGGCAGCAGGCAGCCCCCAAACCAAUUUCAUUUCCUGCGGAGUAAGUGGUGACAUUUUCUGCCCAGAGUCUGCAAAACCCAGUGCAACUUUAAAUGUUUUCAGCAAUAAUGUAUUCAAUGGUGUCAGCGUUGCUUAGUCCUGUCAUUAAAAUGUUUUGAUGCGUUUACCUGUUUGACUCUGUCUUCUGGUUGAUAAACAUCUCUGUGAUAUUAUUUCCCUCAUUCUCUGGAUCUUAGAAUCAUAUAAUUUUGAGACCAAAGUUCACGUUGUUCAUCUACCCCAGUCUCAUUUUAUAGAUGAGAAAAUAAUUUAUCUUUUUCCUUCCUAGUCCAGGAUCUCUUACUUGCAUAUUCACAGCACGGGGUUUAGAUGUGUAUACAUGUCUGGCGUGUAAGCUAUGUAUGGAGAACAUAAAACGUAUUUGAUUUGUUUGUAUUGAAUGGAGAUUUAUGUUCUCUGUACAUACUUAACAGUCAAGUAACAUAAAUACAUUUAUUAAAAUUAUAUUGAGUCAUUUAAAAAUGUCAGCAUCCUGUUGAUGGUUUGCUUCUUUUGGAGGUUCGAACUGCUUAACCACGGCACCACCAAGGCUCCUCUUCUGGAGGAGGAUGCCAGCGGCCUGAAGCCUUACCUAGAAACAGAGUUCCCCUACCUAAACCCACAGCCCCCAAGGGAAGGGGACAGAACUGAUAUUCGUAGAGUUAGCUCUAUACCUUAGGUACAUUUUCUCAGCCAUCUUAUUAGAAGGUCAGAUAGUCUGAUGUAGGGGAAUCUGAGGCAUAGAGAGGCUCAGUGACUCAGAAGAGUUGAUAGAAAGGAGAGUUUCAAGCCCUGGGGUCUUCUCACCACACCCUGUGCUACCUCUUCAGCCACAUAUUGAGGCUAUGAAAUAGGUAUUUGUUCCUGAUUUUAGCUCAGAGACUUAGAGACACUUGUCCCUGCUGUUACUGCAAACUCAGAAUUUCUGACAAAAAGCAAAUGGACUGUGAUGUCUCCUGGACACACAGUAGGACAACAUAAUGCAAAACUUCUGAUCCAGUUGAGACACUUGAAUUCUUGCCAAUUAAGAUAGUCCCCCCCCAAAAAAAAAUUUUUUUUUUUUUUUAAUUCGUAGAGGCAAAGACUCGUUGUUUUCUUAAGGCAUUUUUUCUUAAGUAAAUAAAAGUUGCUAAGUUAUGCAAUAAUUACAAUUUGAGAGGAAUUGAAAAUUUUCUCAGGGAUUUUGAAGAGGAAGACCCAGCUUACACACUGCCAUUUUGCUGGCCUCGACUGUGUGUUCUUCCCUGUGUGUUUAAGUCCUAGAGGGGCUUCCUGGGUGACAUCAGCAGCCCACAAAGGCAGGCUUUGUGCAAGGCGAGAUAGACAAGAGCUUCCACUUCCUGCUUGGUGAGCUGGAUGUUGUUCCUAGCCCAAUUUUGUUUGUGUUAUUUUUCCUGUCCGUGUGUUGGAACAACAUCUGGUUAUUUUGUAGAGUUGAUUAUUAUUAGCUAUUAAGACCAUCAAUUCAGUAUAAAAAAAAAAGCUGAAUUUACUAUCUUGCCAGGUAAGGGAAACCUGCAUUCAGAAUCUUAGUCUCCUGAAGCUUACUUGCAUUUGGGGGUAAGCCAGGAGGUUUGUGAUGAGCUCUGGUAGAACACUGAUUGGCAUUUAAACUGAAGCAAGGAUUUCCCCAUUCCCCCGCCCCCUUUUUUUUAAACACACGCUCAACACUCUGGUCUGUCUCAGGUUAAACCUAUUUAUUCUCAUCCGUGGCCCCUGAUGUGAACUCAGAGAACCAGGUUUCUCAAGGUCUCAGUACUGUCAUUGAUGUUUGUCGGUGGAAGCAGUUGACAAUCUUACGUAGCCAAAGUCAUACAGGUGCCUGGGUGCCUGUUGCUGGAUGACGUCUUCUGUUGUGUGUUCAGCCCUUCCCUUGGAUUCAUAUGACAGUCAUGUCCCUUUCCAGGGACCUCAAGGACGACUUCCACAGUGACACGGUGCUCUCCAUCUUAAAUGAGCAACGCAUUCGGGGAAUCUUGUGCGAUGUCACCAUCAUUGUGGAAGACACCAAAUUUAAAGCCCACAGCAACGUGCUGGCUGCUUCAAGCCUAUAUUUCAAAAAUAUAUUUUGGAGCCAUACCAUCUGUAUUUCCAGCCACGUCCUGGAGCUGGAUGAUCUCAAAGCUGAAGUGUUUACCGAAAUCCUUAAUUACAUCUACAGCUCCACGGUCGUUGUCAAGAGACAGGAAACGGUCACUGAUCUUGCAGCUGCAGGGAAAAAGCUGGGAAUAUCGUUCCUGGAGGAUCUUACCUAUCACAACUUCUCCAGUUCUCCAGGCCCCUAUGUGUUCUGCAUUACCGAGAAGGGAGUAGUUAAAGAGGAAAAAAAUGAAAAGAGACAUGAAGAGCCCGCCAUCACCAAUGGGCCAAGGAUCACAAAUGCAUUUUCCAUCAUUGAAACAGAAAAUAGUAAUAACAUGUUUUCUCCCCUGGACUUGAGGGCAAGUUUCAAAAAGGCCUCCGACUCCAUGAGAACAGGUAGCCUUUGCCUGGAGAGGACUGACGUCUGCCACGAGGUGGAACCCGUCCGCACGCUAGCAGAGCACUCCUACGCUGUGUCUUCCGUGGCCGAAGCUUACAGAAGUCAGCCUGUCUGUGAGCACGAUAGCAGUUCACCUGCGAAAACAGGUAAAGAAAAUGGCGAAGCUCUUGCAGCCAAGCAGAAACCAUGCCGCAAGCCAAAGACACUCUCCACACCCCAAGAUUCUGAUUCGCCUACAGAAAAUAUACCACCCCCUCCAGUAACCAACUUAGAGGUUCAUCAAGAGAAAAGUCCACAGCCAGCUGCAGUUCUUUCUCAGUCAAAAUCUCCCCACAAUGAAGGAGAUGUCCGUGUUCCCAGGGAAGAUGAGAAUAAAUCCUCUGAUGUUCCUGGGCCGCCGGCCGCUGAGGUUCCGCCUCUUGUUUACAAUUGUAGCUCUUGCUCCAAGUCCUUUGACAGUAGCGCUUUGCUCAGUGCCCACAUGCAGCUUCACAAGCCAACGCAGGAGCCGUUAGUGUGCAAGUACUGCAACAAACAGUUCACCACCCUCAACAGGUUGGAUCGGCACGAGCAGAUCUGUAUGAGGUCAGACCACAUGCCUGUUCCUGGAGGAAACCAACACUUUUUAGAAAAGUACCCUACCAUUGGACAAAACGGAGCUUCGUUCACAGGUCCAGAAGCUUUAUUAUCUGAAAAUAGGAUCGGUGAAUUUUCCAGUACCGGAAGUACCUUGCCGGAAAUGGAUCAUAUGGUGAAGUUUGUUAACGGACAAAUGCUCUACAGUUGCGUUGUGUGCAAACGCAGUUAUGUGACUUUAUCCAGCCUCCGUAGACAUGCAAACGUUCACUCAUGGAGAAGAACAUACCCUUGCCAUUACUGCAACAAAGUAUUUGCACUGGCUGAAUACAGGACAAGACAUGAAAUUUGGCAUACGGGGGAAAGGCGGUAUCAGUGCAUUUUCUGCCUUGAAACUUUCAUGACUUACUAUAUACUCAAAAACCACCAGAAGUCUUUCCAUGCUAUAGAUCAUAGACUUUCCAUCAGUAAGAAAACAGCAAAUGGAGGCUUGAAACCCAGUGUCUAUCCAUAUAAACUUUAUCGGCUACUGCCUAUGAAAUGCAAGAGGGCUCCUUAUAAGAGCUACCGACAUUCUUCCUAUGAAAAUGCUCGAGAAAACAGUCAAACGAAUGAGUCUGUACCUGGUCCCUAUGUUAUUCAGAACCCACAAAGCUCCAAAUUACCUACGCUGAAUUUCCAAGACCGUGUAAAUACCCUGACCACCAGUCCAGCCAUCCCACGGGAAGCAUCUGCUUGUCAGGACCUACCCACCUCCACCAAUAUACAAAAUACAGAGGGCACCAAAUGGGGAGAGAAGACAUUGAAACUUCAUCAGGACAAUAACAUUUAUUCAGCUGAGGUGGCGGUUUCCUCCACUGGAAAUGCUGUCAGGUCUGACCUGCAGGCAGGAAGUGUGCCUGCUCUGCCUUUGAGUAAUGGCAGUGAGAACUCGGCCUCCGUGAUCAGCUACAGUGGCUCAGCCCCGUCCGUCAUUGUGCACAGUAGCCAGUUUUCAUCGGUGAUUGUGCAUAGCAAUGCUGUGGCUGCCAUGACCAGCUCUAACAACAGAGCCCCCGCAGACCCGGCUGUAGGUCAGUCCCUGAAAGACAGCAGCAAACCCGAGCCAGACAAAGGGCCUAAAGUUGUAAGCAUCAAGGAGAAAAAGAAAACAAUACAACAUAACAAGGGAGAAAUACCAGAGGAGUCAAAAUAUGUUGCUGAUCCCGGAGGGUCGUUGAGCAAAGCCCCAAACGUCAUUGAAGAAACUGGUAAAAUCGAAACCUACAUUGCAAAACCUGCUCUGCCUGGAACCUCCACGAACAGCAAUGUCGCGCCCCUUUGCCAAAUAACAGUGAAAAUUGGGAACGAGGCCAUUGUGAAAAGGCAUAUCCUAGGGUCCAAAUUGUUUUAUAAAAGAGGGAGAAGACCCAAAUAUCAAACACAGGAGGAGAGUUUGCUGCAGGACAGUGACCCGGAGACCAACGGGGACAGCCCACUCGGGCUCUGCCAGUCAGAGUGUGUGGAGAUGAGCGAAAUGCUCGAUGAUGCCAGUGACCAGGAUUCCACUGACAAGCCAUGGCGCCCUUACUACAACUACAAGCCCAAAAAGAAAUCCAGGCAGUUGAGAAAAAUGAGGAAAGUCAGCUGGCGGAAAGAGCCGGGAAACAGGAGCCCGAGCAGUAAAUGCAAAUACCCAGCAGAACUGGAUUGCGCUGUAGGGAAGGCCCCUCCAGAUAAGGCUUUUGAGGAGGAUGACCAUAAAGAGAUGCCCAAGCUGCAGUGUGAACUCUGCGAUGGAGAUAAAGGAUCGGCGCCCGGAAGCCAGGGUCGGCCGCACCGACAUCUCACCCCCAGGCCUCACACCUGCGAGCUCUGCGCCAAGCAGUUCCAAAGCCCCUCCACGCUUAGGAUGCACAUGCGCUGCCACACGGGGGAGAAGCCGUACCAGUGCAAGACAUGUGGGCGGUGCUUCUCGGUGCUGGGCAACCUGCAGAAGCACGAGCGCAUCCACCUGGGCCUCAAGGAGUUCAUCUGUCAGUACUGCAACAAGGCCUUCACGCUGAACGAGACCCUCAAGAUCCACGAAAGAAUCCACACCGGCGAGAAGCGUUACCACUGUCAGUUCUGCUUCCAGAGUUUUUUGUAUCUCUCCACAAAGAGGAAUCACGAGCAGAGGCACGUUCGAGAGCAUCACGGGAAGGGCUAUGCCUGCUUCCAGUGCCCCAAAAUUUGCAAAACAGCUGCUGCCCUCGGAAUGCACCAGAAGAAACACUUAUUCAGAAGCCCCGGUCAAGAGGAGAAAAUGGAAGGGGACACGGACCAUGAAAACUCAAGCCCCUUGGAGCAUCCACAUUUCAUCGAUUCAGAAGACAGUGACCGAAAGGAUGACGUACACGCCAUGGCGGAAAACAGUGUCCUUUGAGUGGAGAGAGAGAAAUCUGCAAAAAUAAAAGUUAAUGGGGUUUUUCUUUCUUUUUUUCUUUUUUAGUUUUGCUCACACAACAGUCAUGAAGGAGUGAAAUAUAUAAAAAAAAAAAAAACCAUUUGGGAAAAUUCCAGCAAAAGGAUACUUUCAUAUCUACUUUAGGUUUUAGCAUUAACUUUAUGCAACGUGCACAAAAACCAAAAUAGCUGAAGCCUCCCAUGUCCCAAGUAUCUUGUGAAAGUUAAUGAAGUUCUUAGCUGUGGUAUUUCUACCAGUGAAUAAAAGAGUUGAAUUUUAGCCUAACUUGAAACACUUGCUAAGUAAAUGCUAAUAGGAACUGGCUGCUGAACUGUCUUGAAUCACUGGAGAAAAUAAGGGUCAGAUAUCAUGAAAAUGUCAUCUUCACAGAUAUGCUAAAAGGUAAAUGAGCUAUGGAAGUCUUGAUUCCCGUCCGGCUUCUGCACUAUGAAAAUGUGUUUAAAUUAAUGGAAUACAUAGGAAAUAAUAAUAUAGCUGAAAAUAUGUGUGAAAUGAGUAACCUAAAGUAGGACAUUCUUCCAUUCUGUGGAACUACUUUUCUGUAACACAAACCUUGUAAAAUACAUAUAUAAAUCACUAUAACGUUGAACUGUCCAUAUCCCCUGUAGAGAAUUAUAACGAUGAGCAAUAGAUCUGCAAAUAAUGAGGACUGAUGUACAAAUCCAUAGAAAGCAUUUUGAAUAUGACUUAAGGGCAUGUGUUUGCUUUUAGAUGGGACGCUGUUCCCUUGAAGUUACGGCUGAGCUGUUAUUAGAACUUGUCUACUCAAGUCACAGAAAACAUAGGUCAUGCCUUAUCUAUGUCGGGGGGAGCCGUCCCAGAAUCUCCCUGUGAUUACUUGUGCUGUAAAUUACUUGGCAGUGGCCUCCCCCAGAGAAUGAAGAAGGGUCAAAUUCUCUUGAAACUCUCUGCAGUCUUCCAGUCAUCACAAGGCCAUGGAUGUAGGGGUCUAUCCAGACAGACUUAACCAAUUGGAAGGGUUCAAAUAAAGCCUGACAUCUCCUGUUGGACUGAAGGAGGGUCCAGGAUAUUUAGUGCAAGGCACACGUAUGGCGGUGGAUUCCCAGGUGCUUGAAAGUGACAGCCUAAUCCCUAUCAUUAUUAGCCUUCUUGGAGAUUGUGCAGCCCCCAGGUACAUGUUAGUAUAAAACAAAAGGAUGACAGAGAAAGUCCCCACCUUUAGUAACUUGAAUGUGCAGGAGGAAAGGGCGACCUCCCUUGCCUCGAACAGUAGCUUUGUUUUGGAGGCACGAGGAGGUAGGAUACGGAGUGACAAGGUUCUGUCCCUUCCUUAUAUGACUCAGAAGUACAUCCAUAAAGCUAGAUGUCUUAUCUUCAUAUUUGCAGACAUCUGACUCUGUUGAUAAAAACCCACUUAGAGUUUUUUUUUAAUGUUCUUUUAUACUGACCCACACCAUCCACAUUGCCCUCAAAAUCUAAUAACCUUGUAGGAUGUUUCACCAUGUGGACUAGGUUCCUGGGGAACUGGAACUCCUGAUUCUUUUUAAACUGUCAGAAUGGGAGGGAGAGAAAACAUUCCUACCCUUUGAUCAUCAGUAUGAGUGGAAUCUGGGACCUGGUUUAAGGUUGACCUGCAGGCAUGCGUGUUCAUUGGGUUUGAUAGAUGGAAAUCCAAGGUUGCAAGGCUCUCAUUAUGAAGAAGUAGUUCGAAGGACUCCGGCUUCUCUCUCCAAGUUGUGAUGUCUCCAUGAAGAAGACUUGGUAUGGGUGUGGGUGGACAAGAAAGCAUUUCAGCCCCCAGAAAAGGACAUGAUCAAAGCUGACCUUUUUUACCAUAGUACUUUGCUGUUAAGUAACCCCAAUACUGUAUCUGCAUUUAUCUUUUGUUCAUCUACUUUCACUUCCAUA